UGAUAUUAUUAUCUGAGAUUCCCAAAACAGUUUUUAUUAUUUCUUAAUUAUUUUACUUCUCCAAUCUCGACUGUUUUACUUUAUUAAUCCCUUCACAACUUCCAGCAUUCCAAUAGGACCUGGUUUCCAGAGAGGAACACUUGCACAAAAAGUGACACACUCUCUCUGUAUAUAAUAUUCGUUGCCAUAUAUUUACCCUUCUGAGAAGCUUGGAUAGAGAUUGGAUAUAGAUAUUGACUGUUAUUAUUCAUUAUAUCAUUUCUACAAAUUGACCUUUCUUCAUUUCACGAAUACAACAGAAAGCAUAAUUUCACAAAAAGAAAACGUACAAAUUUUGUUGUCCAAAGAAAAUUUGCCUUUUUAUACACACACAGCUAUAAAGGAAUGGCUGAAGAAAUGCAGAAAAUAACUGGGGAAAUGCAGGAAAUUCUACUGGAUGAAGGAAGUAGAAGAGAAUCGUAUAGGGAGAGAAUUAAAAGAUUUCCAAAUGUAAUGGAAGAAAGUUUUGAGAAAGCCGAAGAAGGUUGGUCGUCUUUCUACAAAAAAGUAGAAAGUACGUUGAAUAAUGAUAUCUUAUUUGGUUUAGAAGAUGAGAUUCGUCAAAAGAACGUCCUAGUAUAUAUUCUGUGGCAGAUGAACGAUAAAUUUCAGCUGAAAAAUUAGCCAAUGAAGUUCGAGAAAAGAAGCCAGAUAACCUGGUGGCAUUAACCAACCUUGCAUUCAUUCAUUUGUACGAUGGAAAUAUCCCUGAGGUAAGAAACCUUUUGGAUAAUCUAAGCAAGCUUGAAGAAAGAGAAAAUUUCUCGCUGAUAGAAGCAGAAGGCAAAAGAAAUGUUGCUUAUUGUUUAGCUACUAUAUCUUUUGAAGAUCAUGAAAGAGCUGUCGAACUUUACAAAGAGUCUCUCAACGUUUGUCCAGACGAUUAUCUGUGUAUGUUUUCUAUUGCUUUGUUGCAAUAUCGUUGUUUAAAAAAGAACAUAGAUAAAGAGAAAAGACGUGAAAAUAUUAAGGAAUCAAUACAGUACUUAGAGAAAAUACGAUGUGCUUUUCCACGCCAUAUUGAUAAGGCCCUAAUGGGAAGAACAUUAGCAUUGAUUGGUUUGUUUCAACUUAGUCCUUAUAAUUUUCAUAGUCAACCAGCUAAAGAGUAUUUUCAGAGAGCUCUUGAUAUUUCCCCUGAUGACCGCUAUGUUUUGGAGAAAAGUGCCUAUCAUUAUAUACGUUCAUAUCAGAAUGAAGAAGGAAGAAAAUUGCUUGAAAAAGCAAUUGAAAUAAAGGCAACAUCAUAUUCUCAUCAUCAGCUUGGAUUAGUUUAUCUAAGAAUGAAUACACCAAAAUAUACAUAUGUCCCAAUGAACAAACAAUUCUCAAAAGAAACGAAUGAAUUUGCGAAAGUUUUAAAACAUGCUCAAAGUAUUCCUCAUAUAGAAAGGAAUGAGUUAAUCAACAAAGCUGAAUAUCACUUUCAACAAGCUCUUGAACUUUCUCAUGAAUGUUCACCUGCUCUCUAUGAUAUCAUUUUAUUAUAUAUGUCUUUGAAAGAAUAUGACAAUGCCAGGAAGUAUUGUGAAAGAUUUAAAGCAGAUAACAAAAUGCAAGAUGUUAAUUUUAACAUUUUGUUUGGAAGAUUAUGUUUUAAAGAAGCAGAUGUAAAAAAUGAUGAAGAAGAAAAAGAUCAAUUAAGACGUACAGGAAUGGAUAGGUUUGUUCUGGCUCUUAAAUCUGCUGUAGAAUUUCUUCCUUUCAACAAAGACCUGAUAGAAAUUUGGGAGAUAAAGGAAAUAAUACUUGAUUUAUAUGAGUAUGGAAAUGGAAAUACUGAAUACAAAAAAUUUGUUUUGGAAUUCAUUCACUCAGUAGAAGACCUUGCCAAUGACAAAGCGUUCCAAAAUAUACUUCACAAGAGUGAAUUAUAAAAGAUAAAUUGUGUUCAUAAAUAUACUUUCCUUAUUACUUUCUUUAUUGAUAAUACUCAACAAUAUUUUGAAAUUCAUUGUUAUAUAUCUCACGUUUUCUGAAGUAAUACCAAACACGUUUAUCUAAAGCUAAAUUUUAAAAAUCAUAUAAAUUUAGACUACUCCUUUCUUUGAAACACAAGCUGAAUGUAGCAAAGAAUUCUACAGGAAAUAUUACUGCCUUUGUUAUGGAUGUGGCCCUGAAACCAACGUUGAAAUGACGUCAGAGCAUUCAAAGGAUGACGUCAUAACUAACUUUCAUUUUGACAUAUUUUAACAUCCCCAAACAGUGAAGAAGUGGCAGAAAAUAUUGGAAUGAAUCUAGAGAUAUGCUUUUGCUUGAAAGUUCCAUUUGAUAAUCGUGACUACAUAUUGGGAUGAUGUAAAACUGGAAACCUUUGCAUUAUACUGAAACAUCGUUGGAAUAUUGGAAUUCUAUAAGUAACAAUCAAAAAUUACUAAUUUACACAAAAGACACCAAGUAAAUCAUUGAAGAUCGAUAACCUAAGUAAGGACGACAUUUUACUAUCAGGAAACAUGAAGCCAGAAAUUCCAAAACAUUUAAAAAGUUUUCCUCAAUUUAAAUGGCAAUGUGGAGAGAGAGAGAGAGAGAGAGAGAGAGAGAGAGAGAGAGAGAGAGA